AUGCCUAAGUACAAUGAAAGGAGUAUUCCAGACUCGUAUAAUCAAGAACAAAAAGAUGUUGCCCUUUUGAUUCUUGACGCUUUUGACUGGAAACGAAUGGGGUUGCCUUUUAGAUUUAGUUCAAAUGUCUUUACUGAACUAGAACAAGCUUACAAGGAGGUUCAUAUUGACACUGAUGUUAGAGAAGUGAUGAAUGCUGCCCAAAACAACCAGAAGAAUUGUGAGUAUGACAUGAGUGCAGGACUGAGUUACUUGGAUUUUGUGUUUAAAACGGGAAGAAAUACGAAGACGUACCUUACUGAAAUGGAUCUCAAUGUAAUGAAAAUAGGAUGGAUUCCGAUGAUUCUCCAUGAUUUUGGAUUUCAAUACACCUUAGACAAAUUGGUUAUUGUGUAUGAGGCAACUUGCAUGAGAACUCACCCAGACAUCAGUUGUAAAGAGGCAGCUGUUGUUGGAGAACACAAAAAGUUGGACAUUUUGAAACAUCGGAACGAUAUUCUCAAAGUUGUGCUGCUGUCCUUACAGUUUGCAAAACUGUCAGCGAAAGAGGGAAAAGGCUUCGCUUUGGGUUACCUGAUAGAUCAGGACAAAGCCUACCUUAUUUUGGUAUCACACCAAUCGACAGACGAUCAGCUCAACAUUAACUCUCAGUUACAGGUGUUUAAGACUUUUGACAUGACUCAACGCGAAGAAGUUUAUCAAUUGUUCAGUGUGCUUUAUACUUUCGUUAGAUAUAAAAAAUUAACUAAGGUCUAG